AUGCCCCACUGGGGAAGACCACCAGGGGGCUCGUCGGGUGUGGGGAGAUACUUUGAGGGAGUGGACGACGUGCAUAGAUUUCAAGAAUUGUCAAGCGAUGACGAAAAUGGUGGUGUUACAAUAGACGGGGCGUUUGAACCGGCAUUGAAUGGCAAGAAGAUUGAUCCAGAUGAGCUAUUCUUCAAUGAUAUGGAUAUUAGAGCGUGGGAAAGGAGGGCAUCAGCUUUAGCGGAACAUACGCACGGGCCUGUGCAUGGUUAUCGAGGUUAUCAUGAAGAGUACUUUGGCGAACCGGGCGAAACAAUCAACCCGGCCGAAGUGGAAGAGAUGCUCUUUCGGCGGGUACUUGACAAGAUCCGCGUAGCCAGGGCAGCAGGGAAUACAGAUGUUUCACUCAGUGCGGAAGAACUCGACGCAUAUCAAUCACGACUCUAUGGUGCACGAGCCCCAACGGUACGUCCCGAGCCGCAGCCUCGACCUAGCAGUGCUUCAUCACCCAACGACACCGCUAGUGUUUUGAGCUACGAUGCGACUGGGAAGCAUGAUGCUUUGUCACGUUCAAAGAAAAGCCAGCAGCGAACGCCGAUGCUCGGCUCCAAGUCCAAGAAGGAAAAGCGGCCGAGUGCGCACAAACGUACGUCGACUGCAUCCACGACAGAAAGUCAUGCGAUGCCGCCAGGCUUCAUUGUGCCUGGUCCAGACGGACAACCUAAUUAUGCACCGAUUAAUGCAUAUGAAGGCAGUCUGGUCCGUGGGCAAGGACUUGUGCAUCCAGCAUCCCGUUCGGCGUCUGAUAAUGGCCGCCACGUAGCAAUGCCUCUGCACCGCGCUCCUUCCAUCAAUAUGCUAGGCUCGUUUCCGGAAUCGGUUUACGACUUUCAGCCUGAAUCGCCUCCGGUGCCAGACAAUCAGACAUCAUAUCGACAGGCAGCCUACCAAGCUGAUGUGCCAGCUGACGCCCGCCCUAGAUCAUCAUCUAUUCAGUCUGCCCGCCUUGUGCCAUUCCCUGUGGAGCCGUACCAGUAUCACAACUUUAGUCCAACUUCGUCUUCAUCGCCAACUUCGCCUCAACCGCAAUACACUCGAAGUCUCAGCUCGGUGGUUUCGGAGGCCAGCUAUGCGUCAGUUCCACGGCGUGUCCCCCCGGCUCCUCCUCUAGCACCUGCACCAGUACCGGUACGGCGAGUGGCAGAUGUUGCUGUCAGUCAAGACGGACGCAACAAUGUAGUAACUCCGAGCACACAGCCUUCUAGCUCCGCGAUUGCUGUGCAAGUUCAAGGAAAGACAAAAGACAGUGGCAGUAGCCACGGAGGUGAGCGGCGGCGCAAGGGAGGUAAAAGUAGUAAGAAGAAAGGCUGA